AUGCGCCUGCAGCGCCAACAAUUGCGGCGACAAUCUGCAAGUGUGGGUACAAUCUCGCCAUUUUCACACUUUUCAACAAGGCACGUUGAUCAUUUCGUUAAAUGUCUUUGCUGUAGCGUCAAAACACGAGCAUAUUCCGGUUUGUGGUGCCGUACAGAGUUGGGCAGUAACCGUGGAUCAGCCACAGAGAUUGUGACGAGAAGGAAGACACGCAACGAGUUAGUUUGGAGACUGACAAACUUGGUGAUGAAUGGUACCUUUUCCAGCCUUAACGUUGAAUUGAAUGGAUCAACGCGAGGUUGGCCGUGGGAUCGCGUUCCGCUCCAACGUGAGCGAAUGGCUGCGUGGCUCAGUUGCAGGUUCGGUCUCGGGUUACGAAGGAGAAAAGGAUAG